GAAAUGGAUUUACUAAAGCCUCGAACUGUUCCACUUUCAGAAGAAACUAUUCUUUGGUUUGAGUUUCUUUUGAAACCAUCGCUUUUAACCAAGCAUCUUGGUAAAGCCAAUCCUGAUCCAUCACCCACGGAUCUCAUCACACAAUUCCUCGCCAAAGCACCAGAAGGUCAAAGCCAAACCACUGAUGUAACAUCGCCCGAUCCAGAAGGGUCCCACAAAUCGGAAGGGCUGAAAUACAACAAAAAACAGCUCGCUCUAAAAGUGCUUGCUCUAAAGGUAGCCGCGUACAUGCGCUGGGAUUUGGACAAACUAGAACGCACACUGUCGGUGUCACUGCAGAUCCAACUGUUGGCCGAUUUGUGUAGCAUAACGGCAGGCAAAAUGGUAACACUUCCGUCCUCACUUCUCCAAGAUCCGACUCUCAUCGGUUCGGAUGGUUCAAAGCAUUCGUUCAACUUCGCCCUUACGCUCUAUCAUCGGUGGGUAUUGCGCGCACAGGUACUCCGUGCGGCAGUCAUUAAGAAUAUGAAAUCGAACCCCAAUCAUGGCUCCACUGUAACGGAUUUGACCACAUUUGUGCUUCGCGACGAAUCUUCCAUUUCGGCUCUAGAACCUAUUACUCAGCUCAGCAUCGAUUUUUUAAAUCAGGUGCUUUUGGAACCACAAGCGUUCCGUGUACUGACGUACGAAUCAUUCGUUCCACUAGAUUCGAAUUCUGACAACACUCAGCAACGGUUCGAAUCGGCCAUCGCCAUCAAACCGUGUGAACUGAGGGCCCAAAUACACUAUGAUCUGUGUCAGUAUUAUCUGUAUGUUCAAAAAUACGAACUAGCUAGACAUAAUGUGCUGCUAUGCAAAGAAAACUAUGCCCAAUGGCAAAGGGAAGAAAUUGGACGGACUGGUCUUCCGCCUGCUUAUUGCACUGUUAACGCGGAAGUCCUUCAAGGAUAUUUGCUUGCCUGCGGAGUUACUGGAGAGCCGGAUGGAUUGCUUCAGCGACUGCACGAAUCCAUCCUCAACCACUACUCCGACAUCGUGAUGAUACUGAAGGAGGACAACCUGCGAAAGGAGAUCCCGAUGACACAGCGCAAACUGCUCGAACUAAACAUCGAGGGAUACAACGCAAUCGGCAGUACCGAUGGCAAUCCGAUCGAGCAGAAGGAACUAGAGCUGGCUGUCGUUGCCCUGAACAUCAUUCGCUACGUGAUGGACGGAGAUAAUAUUCUCAGUUGCAACGCGGCGAUGCAGAAGUACAAAAACCAACAGCCAAAGCUGAUCGAGUCACUGUUCCAGUACGCGGAUGAACAGUACGACCAGUUUUCCGUGGAGGAACGUGGCCUUUUGAAGCAGUAUUUCUACAAAAUCAUAACGCUGUACAGUGGAGAGAUGCGAUCGGCUUUUGAGGCUUUCGUGCAAACGUACUCGAAGGUGGUGUCCUUGCAGGAGCUGAAAGACUUUCGGGCCCAGCGUACCCAGCCAGAAACGCAGCUGAGUGCUAUUGCUUUGCAGAACGAUUGGGUGAUACCGGAGACGAAGAAUCAGAGAUUAGAAGUUGGCCAGCUUGAACGUCAGCUCAUCUCGUGUACUUCGGCGAAUGCUGUCCGCAAGCUGCUGGUGAAAAUUGCCGGUACCAACCCAUCGAAACCCCUGUUUACCAUCAAUCCAAGCUGGACGAUUCCAUACCCAUUGGAACAAGUACUGAUUCCACUGCAGCGUGGAUUUCUUCAAGACUUUGCGUACAUUCUCAUCGGCAAGGCUAAAGAACUGACAGCCCGUAAAGAUUACGCCACUGCCAUCACACUGCUAACCGUGUUGAAGAAUGAAACGCAACGACCAGAACUAGCUGGAAAUCCACUCGUAGCGAAGCUGGGCAAAAUGGUCGCUUGGGAGGGACUGCUGGUACAGAUUCAACAAGUGCUGGAUGAGUGGCCCAGAAAACCAGUCGAUCAGGCUCAGCUGAUACGUAACUGCAAGCAGUGUCUGAACGCUGCCAUCGGAACCACUAGUAAUGAUCUGAUGCCCCAUGCUAAGGUGCUGGACCACUGUGCCGCAUUGCUGUUAAACUUGAAUGAAUGGAAUGCAUUGCUUAUCACGGCGGAUAAACGAUUUCCCGGAGUCGAACUAUGUUCGGCCAUCACGCAAGCGUUUCUGGACAUCGAAAAGUUUAAAGGAACGAAGAAAACGAACCGCGAAGCAUGGGAGAUGAUACUGCCAAUGUUUCUCAAUCCACCCGGUUCGCGUCAGCGCCAGCUACCGCCCGACAGUCCACUAGUGCUACUGAUCGGGAAGCUACGUGAACCGCUCGUCAUUUCGAUUCUGCUAUCGCUGCUCACAAAGCUACACAACAUACUACGCGAUGAAGUGAAUGCCGAGAUGAACGCGGAGUACAUGUUCCUGUGGCCAUCUAAUGUGAACAACACUUCUAUCUACAAUAUCAAGCUGGUCACGGAAGCGCUCAAUCUGCUGCUUAACCAAGCCCUCCGCUACUACCCGAACAACAUUCCCUGGCUGAAGCUGAAAGGUGAUGUAGAGUUUGUUGCUAACAACUUCGAGGCGGCUAUGCGCUAUUACGUGACGGCCUUGAUCUCAGGCACGGAAUACUGUACCGUCCAUCUCCAGCGGCCACUCUUUGACGAUUUUCUAAUCCGGCGCAUGGUGAAGUGUAGCACCAAUCUGGGUUGCUUCGUGCAGGCGGCAGUAUUGUGCCAGUUCUUCGAUGAAACAGAUUACGGGUUGGCGUUUAAAAGUAUCAGCGAAAAAUCAGCUAGCUCCUCUGAUGCGAUGGAUUCGUACUAUAGCUGCAUCUGGGAUUCGACACUGCUCGAGUAUAUUGUAAAUUGGCAUUACAAGAAGGGCGAACACAAGAGACGAUUGCAGGCGGUCUCAUUCAUCGGCCAGCUAGAAUUGAACGCCAACAACAACGAGGAAAUUAAGCGAGAAGCAGCUGCCGUUCGGAAAAAUCGGUUUCUUCGAUCGCUUGCUAAACAGUACAUGUGCUGA